AUGCUAACAUUGUUAAAAGAUUAUAAAGGAGCAAUAGUAAUAAACGGAGAGAAGUACGAUAGCGUUAAAACUGCGUUAAAUCGUUUCUCUAGUGCUAACGACACAAUUACGAUAAAGUUGUUAGCUACUCGCAAUAACGCUAAUAGAACUCAAAUCUCGCAGUCACAGAGCAUAACAAAGAAGAUUACAGUUAAACAGUAUAUGACUCGCAAAGCAUCUUCUGAUUUUACAUUUAUGAAAGACUGGAAUAAUGAUAAUCCUAUGCCUUUGAGAACAAUGAUUGGCACUGUCGAGAAAGAAACUCGUGGUAUGGUCUAUAUGAAAUUACACGGGGACAUUACAGCAGAGAAAACGCAGUAUUGCUUAAAGUGUGGUAGAGCUAUAACUAACCCAGUAUCACAGUAUUUCGGUAUGGGACCUGAAUGUGGCGGUCAUAGUUAUGUUAAUCCUUUCUAUAGCAACGAAGAACUGUACGCCGCUGUAGCUGAUUAUCGUAAGAAGUUACAGAGUAUGGUGUGGGAGGGCUGGAUAAUCAAGUCUGCAAUCAUUGAAGAGGACACUUUGUUGAUUGAUAGAAAUGAAAAGAAAAGAACCGAAAGUGUAGUAUUGCCUGAGUAUGAUAGCAAUAUCACUAUGAGCUUUGAAGCAGAAACGCAAGAGGAAGAAACUUGUAUUAUGUACGCAAAGCAGAGUAUUGGCAGAUACUACAUCACAGCAUAUAGCGACCUUGAGACAGGCAGUAAACUAACUGCUAGUGGCAAGAAAGUUCACGAAGGAACAAUUACUACUUGUGCGAUUGACCGAAAACUUCACAAGUUUGGAACAAUAUUCGAGAUUGAUGGCAAACUGUAUAUUGCAGAAGAUACAGGAGGUGCUGUUAAAGGCAAACACGUGGAUAUAUUUAUUCACGAUAUGAAGAAGAUGAGAUAUUUGUUGCCUAGUGACUCAAUUAUUAAUGCAUUGUGCGAACUUUUUGACGUUGACCCGCUUAUCGGAAAGCAGGAGUUUGUAAAAGCUCACGCUAUUUGGGAUGCAGAACAAGGAUUAAAACAGAUUGCAGGGUAUAGAAAGCCACCUUAUGUUAAGCGUAGUAGAAGAGGUAGACCUAGACGCAAUAACCCAGUAGACGAUACUGCGAUUAUUCCUAAAUAUAACGCAAAUGUGCGUGGUGAUUCGGCUGAUACUGAUUUUUUGAAUAUCGUAGAUGCUUUAUUGAACCGAGAUUUCGAGCAAGCGAGCCGACUGAUGUAUAGUAAGGUAAACUUCGAUACAUUUACAAAAGCCUGUGUAUUGAUGAGUGCUAUGACCGACGCAAAUAAAGGAGCUACUAAUGAAAGCGAAGAAACUAUUGAAGAAAAUUAA